CUGAUGCAGCCCAACAGUUCCAGUAUGCCGUGAGGGUCAUUGGAAGCAAUUUUGCUCCCACUGUUGAGCGGGAUGAAUUUCUUGUGGCAGAGAAAAUCAAGAAAGAACUUGUGCGGCAGAGAAGGGAAGCAGAUGCUGCUGUGUUUUCAGAGCUCUACAGAAAACUUGGCUCACAGGGCAUUUUGAAAAACAAAUGGUCAAUACUCUACCUCCUGCUUAGCCUUAGUGAAGACCCACGUAAACAGUCUAACAAGGUGUCAAGUUAUGCCACACUUUUUGCUCAAGCAUUGCCACGGGAUGCUCACUCCACCCCUUAUUACUAUGCCAGGCCUCAGACCCUGCCCCUGAACUACCAGGACCGCGGUGCACAGUCUGCACAGAGCUCCUGCAGCAUGGGGAGCAGUGGGAUCAGCAGCAUCAGCCUCUAUGCCCUAAAUGGGCCAACACCAACUCCACAAUCACUCCUGCCAGGACAAUCCUACCAAGCUCCAGGUGUUGGGGAUUGCCUCCGGCAGCAGCUCGGCUCGCGUCUCGCAUGGACACUCACUGCAAAUCAGCCUUCUCUUCAAAACACUACCUCAAAAGGCUUCUCCAACACUGUCUCCCGUGGUGUGCCAAGGUCCAGGCGAGAAGGGGAUACAAGUGGCUCUGUUGAAAUAACUGAAGCAAACCUUGUAAGAGAUGUUUUAUAUGUCUUCCAGGGAAUAGAUGGCAAAAACAUCAAAAUGUGCAAUUCUGAAAAUUGCUACAAAGUGGAUGGAAAG